GUCACUUCACGCACUCGCUCCACUCUACACGACGUACGCCAAAUUACGCGCCAAAACUCAAACUACAGCUAACUAUAAGAAACUCCAAAGAGAAUACAUGAAAAAAUCGAACGCCUUAAUUUUGUCCUGCGUGCUAAAAGUUUAUUAUUUUACUUAUUGGGAAUGUUAAAUAAAUUGUUUUAUAAAACUGUUAAUUUCUUCAAAUUGUGUUAAAUUUUUUCGACUACGACUGUUCCAAGCCCCUGUUUUCUGUGUUUUCAAAAAAUUCCGACCACGGUACGCGUUAUGUAAUUUUUCAACCACAUUUUUUGGAAGAAGUGACUUUUUCAUUGAAUAAAAUUACUUGCUUCCCUCUGUUGACGAUUCUCAAUUUUUUACUGACCAAUUGACAAAAUUUAAUUGCGAAAUUAAUUUAACGUAAAUUGCAAGUAUAACGAAGUAACUAUAUGUUUAAGAUAAUUCCACGUGCCGAUCAUUUUUCCUGUGCAACAUUUUACAAUUGUGAUAAGUAAAAAAGUAAAUCUAUUCGAUUAAUGUUUGUUAAUUCGUGAAUUAAUUAUUGAGUUCCCGCGAUUGCGUCGUUUAAAAAAAUCCUUUAUUAAAAAAGUGUUCGAUCGAGAAAAUUAUAGACUUUCACGUAACAUUUUUCGCAACCGAAUUUUUAUGCCGAAAAAACUUUGAACAACAAAAUUUCAAAGCAGCAAAGAAAUUUUGCCAACGACUUUGUCUAAAUGCGGUUGAAAGAAAUUUCGCUGAUAUUCGCUUUUGACUUUCCUUUGGACUUUUGGCUGCCGACGGUAAUAGACGACGGGCUGCUGCCGUAUUUGCCGCAAGUAUAUUUUCUGGAUUUACAGCAUUUAUUUGCUGUAAAGUGAACAAAACGAAGAAUUUUUAAAUAAAUCUGAAGACGUAAGUUAAAUGAAUUACUGCAAAUUUUUUUCCAAGUUCCAAUAGAUUAUUGCAUGUAUGGUAUUGCCAAUUGUUAAGGCGCGAAAAUAUUGCAGGAAUUAGCGGUCAUCGACUGGAAAUCGCACAUAUUUACAUAUAUAAAUGUGAAAUUUCCAAUUAGAUUAUGGCUGAGCAUCCGAUUUGCUGUCAGACUUAGUAGUCAUUUCCACGUACGACAAUUAAAAUCUUUCAACAGCAAAUAUAUUCAUCUGUAGCUAAUUUCUAAGUGACAACCCUUUUUUAGGCGCUAAAAUUGACAAAAUUUGUGAAAAUUAUUGAAAAACAGACAGUUGGGCAUUCGCACCCUAAAUUGCAUAUAAGAUAGGAAACUAUAAAGGAACAACACAUGGCUUUGCAUUAAGUCCACCAUUUUGAAGGUGCAGUUAAAUAAUUUUAUAUAAUACAUAAAUUGUUGGGCAAAGUGUUGUUGAGGCCUAAAAUCCUAAAAUAUGUAAAGAUCUCUACUUCGUACAAAUAUCUUAAUUGCCAGACUGAUAACUGAACUUUUCGGACAAUUCAUGAGAAUUGCUAAAUACAACAAAAAUCUAUAUACUGAUUCCGCAAAUUAGUCCUGUUUCCUAUAUAUAUCGGCACAAUAUCGUUAAAACAACAACAACAUGAUGUUAUCCUGUGCACAAAUCAACAAGCUCCUUUAUCCCAACGCCACAGGCGGAAUAACUACCAUAGCGCCAGCAACUUCGAGCGCACCACAGUCGAUGGGCGCGCCAUCUAGUGGAGCCCCGAGUGAAACACAAAGUGAAAUUUCAUCGGCAGAUAGUGAUUGGAGUGAUAUCAGGGCAAUUGCAUUGAAAUUGGGCGUAGCCAAUCCAGAUGACUUGCAUACGGAGCGUUUCAAAGUCGAUCGUCAAAAGUUAGAACAAAUGCUGAAGGAAGACAGUAUGGUUGAGGGCAUGAAUGGCGCUGAAUAUUUCUUCGAGAGUGUUAUGAAGUCCACUGAGACUUACAUUAGCUGGCCGUGCCGCCUUAAAAUUGGCGCCAAAAGCAAAAAGGAUCCCCAUGUUCGCAUUCUUGGACGUGCCGAGGAAGUACAAAAGGCCAAAGAGCGUGUGCUGGCAAAUUUGGAUUCAAGAGGCACUCGGGUAAUUAUGAAAAUGGAUGUAUCCUAUACGGAUCACUCAUAUAUUAUUGGACGUGGCGGCAAUAAUAUAAAGCGUAUUAUGGAAGAUACUGCAACACAUAUACAUUUUCCUGAUUCGAAUCGUUCGAAUCCAACGGAGAAAUCAAAUCAGGUUUCCCUAUGCGGAUCGCUUGAGGGUGUUGAGCGUGCACGCGCUUUGGUUCGCCUCUCAACGCCAUUGCUAAUCUCUUUUGAAUUGCCCAUCUUAGCUCCGGGUCGCCCACAGCCCGAUCAUGAUACACCUUACGUAAAGAUGGUCGAAACAAAGUAUAAUGUGCAAGUUAUCUUUUCGUCUCGUCCUAAACUCCAUUCUUCGUUGGUGCUGGUCAAGGGUUCUGAAAAGGAGGCCACUAAAGUACAGGAUGCAACACAGUUGUUGAUUAAUUUCUCUUGCGAAAAUAUAGCUAACCAGAUUCUGGUGCAGAUGCAGUUGGAGAUAUCGCCACAGCAUCAUGAAAUUGUUAAGGGCAAAAAUAACUCGAAUUUGUUAGGAAUCAUGGAGCGUACGAAGACUAAGAUUAUUUUUCCUGAUCUCUCGGACUUGAAUGUUAAACCUUUAAAAAAAUCUCAAGUGACCAUUACUGGAACUAUCGCCGGCGUCUAUAAAGCACGCCAACAAUUACUUGGUAACCUGCCAAUAGCUUUGAUUUUCGAUUUUCCGGACAGUCAAAACAAUGCCUCUGAAAUAAUAGGCCUCAGCACAAAAUAUGGCGUCUACAUUUCAUUGCGUCAAAAGCAAAGACAAAGCACUUUGGCCAUUGUUGUGAAGGGUGUCGAGAAAUUUAUUGACAAAAUUUACGAAGCGCGUCAAGAGAUUUUGCAUCUCAGCACGCCACUUUUACAAGCGGCUAUUCCAGAGAGCUAUUUCGCGCCGAGAGAUAAUGAGCUAAAUAUUAGCUACCGCACGAUGUUGACUUCACUGCUGGCUGGCUACCCGGAUAGCCCUAAGACACCUAGCCUGCUAACGGCGCAACUGCAGAUGUCACCGUAUGGUAUCAAUAGCCAACUAAAUAACAACAAUAAUCUAUUGGUCAACAACAACAACAGAAACGAUAGCAAUAACAACAGCAAAUCAUAUCCGCCGGGCUUUGAUGUUUGCACACCAACCAACGUCUGUCCACCCACUCAAAAGUACGUGACAAUGCACAACAACAGCUUUAAUCGCCAGCUGCCGAACCACAGUAAUAAUUACUUGCAAGUAAACUCGCCGAAUGCUCCGCCACAGCGCACUCAGCAGAUCAAUUUGCAUCAACAGCAACAAAUAUCGCCGCGCAAUAGCUGUCACAACACCAGCGGCUACCAGAGCUUCAGCAGUAGUACAAAUUCCUUGGAACAAGUUUAUCCACCCUAUGGUGGAGGCACUAACGGUGGCGGUGGAGGAGGCAGUAAUCGAUUGGUGGCGCCAAAUUAUGAGUUGAACUCGCGUGGCCAGUACUCGCCCGACUCAACCUAUAGCAGCGAAGCUGGCUGUGGACGUGUGGGUCGGCGCUCAAGUGACGGCGUCUUAUUGGGGUUAGGAGCUUCUGGCCCGCUUGGCGGACCGCUUUUGCCAGGCAGUGCCGAGAGUUACCGCAACUUGCAUUACGAAUUGAAGCAAAAUCGCGUCUUUGAUUUCGAUAUGAAGCGCGCCAUGGGCUUCAAAGCAAUGGAGCGCCCACCGAUAAGCGGCGAAUUGCGUACGCCUACCCCGAAUUGGGCUGGCAUGGCUUUGAGCCGCACUUCGCCGGGCGUUAUAGAGAGUGUCGACGACAAUUUAUGGCCUCGCAACGUGCACGGCAUGAACUUUAACGGCGGCGCUGGUGCAAGCGGUGCACCGAUAUCUCCUUAUGCGCUAGGUGUUACAGUUGGCUUGAUGGAUGCUACCCCGACAAAUCGGCGACUUAAGUUGUCCCAACAUAAGGACAUACAUACGCUAUUGACAAGCCUUGGCUUGGAGCACUAUAUAAAGACCUUCGUAACCAAUGAAAUUGAUCUUGAAAUGUUCACUACCUUAAAUGAGGAGAAUUUACUGGAAUUGGGCAUAACCGCUUUCGGUGCGCGCCGAAAGCUGCUCUUGGCGAUUAACACUUUGCAAGCCAAUGAGGCCACUCAGGCAGCCAUGCCCAUUAUUUCGGCAGCGCAAUCGAACAACUCAUCGCCACGCUUCUCCGGCUCAGCCGCACCAGGUGCCGAGCGGCGUCCGUCAAAUCAAUGGUAGAGCAAAGCUCAAUUCGAAAAAAUUUUUUUUUGUAUAACAAAAAGUGAAAUAAUUCCAAAUUAUAUAUAAAUUAGAAACGCUCGAAGAGUGCCCAGGUCAUACCAUUCCAUAUUUAGAAUUAAUAUAUUUAUUACAAUGCUUCUCUAGAAUUAGUUUGCAUGCUAAUCUGUAAUUUGUAAGCUUCUUUACUUUAAUCAUUCUACACUUGAAAUUGCAUUGCCGAUAACAACCACACCUUUUUAACAUUUAAACGUCCAACUAACGACACUGAGCAAAUGACGGCAUGUGUUAGGCAAAUGAAUACAAAGUGAAUAUGCAAAAUGGCGCUCGAGUGUAAUUGAUUCAGUGACUGUUCAAUCAAAACUUAACUGCGGGACAUUUAAGCGUCCUUUCAAGCGAAGAAUGUGGAACAGAAAGGAUUCUUCUUGACUUAUACUCGUAUUUGUAGGCAGAAUAAAUUGAAAGCUAAGAAUCAAGUUGCCCAAUCACUCGCCCACGCCCAUUUUGCUGGAAUAUAUGCAGCAGCGCUGUUGAGACGUAUUAAAAGCGGUCUUAUUUUACUUUACAAUCAUUUUAUAUUUAUUAUUUUUCUAUUUAUUAAUUAUUUGAAUAUUUAUUGAGUAGUUAGAAAAACACAGAAAAAUGUUAAAACCCCAAAAGAAGAUGAAACAUAAAAAAAAAAUGUAUUUAUAUAAUUAUUAUGAAAUUUUGCAUGCCUAACUUGUGUGUUGUCAUAGUAUUUAACUAAUAAUCGAAAUUUAUACAACCGAAAAAGAAAAAAAAAACCAACAUGAUAUUAUAUAACAAAGUGAAUUAAAAAAUUAAAGUUAGUCCAAGUGAAAUUGAGUGCGAAAUGUUUGCAUAAAACUUGGAAAAAUUAUUGAAAAUAUAUGCAAAAAAAAAA